ACACUCACGAUAAUACGGAAAACAAUUGUACACCGAACUUCUGAAAGAAGAGGACAAAGGCAAAAACCAGGAAAAAUAUAUUCGGAGAUUUCCACACCCACACCACUAAUUCAACAUAAUGGAUCUCCCAGACAUAUCCUCUAUUAAAUCACCCAGUCGACCUGAGAUAUUUGAAUUUGCGGGUAUCCCAAUGAUCAGCUACUUCACUAAGAACUGGGAAAAGUUGAAAAACUUUCAAGCAAGACCUGAUGACAUUCUAAUCGCAACUUACCCCAAAGCAGGCACCACUUGGGUUUCUUAUAUUCUAGACCUUCUGUAUUUUGGCAAGGUUGACCCAAAUGGCCAAUCCUCCCUGCCUAUCUACAUGAGAGUGCCAUUCCUGGAGUCUUGUUUUCCAGGGAUGCCAUCAGGCACGGAACUGGCUGAUAACCUGCCAAAUUCUCCUCGCCUAAUCAAAACUCAUUUACCUGUUCAACUUGUUCCCAAGUCCUUCUGGGAGCAGAACUCAAGGGUGGUGUAUGUAGCUCGGAAUGCAAAAGACAAUGUGGUGUCCUAUUUUCAUUCUGACCGAAUGAACCACGGACAGCCUGAACCAGGAGACUGGAACACCUUCCUGGAAGAUUUUUUGAAAGGAGAGGUGGUGUUUGGUUCUUGGUUCGACCAUGUCUGUGGAUGGUGGGAGAAAAAAAAAACAUAUCCUAACUUACACUACAUGUUGUACGAGGAUAUGGCGAAAGACAUUAAUGGCGAAGUAGAAAGUUUGUGCACUUUCUUAAAAUUGUCACGUUCAGACGAAGAGAAGAAUAAAAUAAUAAAUAGCGUUCAGUUUGAUGCCAUGAAACAGAACAAGAUGACCAACUACUCCACUAUCCCAACAAUGGACUUCAAGAUCUCGCCAUUCAUGCGGAAAGGUAAAGUUGGAGACUGGAAAAAUCACUUUACUUUGGCACAAAAUGAACAGUUCGAUGAGGUCUACAAACAGAAGAUGAAGAAUACCACUCUCAAUUUCCGCACUAAGAUUUAAUACUUCUGCAUUAUUAUUUAACCAGGAUUAUGUGUAUGAAUUUUUUAUGUUUCAAAUGAUGAAAAAAUUUCCAAUUAUAAAACGUGUCCAUUUUAACUCACACGAAAAAAUACUAUAGUAGUUUACUAUAAAUAUUAUAUCGUUUUUAAACCACACUACAAUAAAUACUUGUGCAACAAUAACAAAUAAUUUAUUUAUUUGGUACGAAUUACCCAAUAAAAUAAGUCUUCUUCAACUAUAGGGUUUAUUAUGCCACAAUUCACCACAGUUUACUGUAAUAUAAUAUACCACUGUAUUCAUUACAUCAGUUUUUAUCUGUUCACUACAAUUAAAACUACAUUAUGCCGUAGCACUUAUUACAAAGCGCUGAAAACACUAUAAAAUAUAAAACAUAGUACAUUUUACUAUAGUAUGGAUCAAAAACAUUUUAGUAUACUAUAGUACUUUUUCAUAUGGCAAUAUAAAAAAAACAACUAUAU